CGGCUCCAAGUUCGACUCGAGCCGCGACCGUGGUCGUCCGUUCCAGUUCCAGCUCGGCGCCGGCCAGGUGAUCCGUGGCUGGGAUGAGGGCGUCGCCAAGAUGAGCAAGGGCCAGGUUGCCAAGCUCACGCUUCCCCACGAGUACGCCUACGGCGAGCGCGGCUACCCGCCUGUGAUCCCGCCCAAGGCUACGCUCAUCUUCGAGGUGGAGCUGCUGUCCUUUAACUAAACAGCUCGAGCUCCCUCCGGAUGGGUAUUAAAGUACCCUUGAGACUGUAGUUUAUGAAGCUGAUAGCUGUAAGCAGGAGCACGGGCGCUCUGUUCUGUUUGCGAAAAUACUACCAUGACGCAGUCUUUAGGAGACGCACCAUU